UACUUCGUGUAGACUGCGUGAAGCAGAACACUUUGCUCCUCAUCUUUGCUGGCGCUGUAGACCGACUCACGUUGAAGGCUAAAGUCGAGGGGUCUUUAAGGGAGUUAACGAGUAAGCCAAUAGUUAAUCUUCUCCCGCUGUGCUAAAAAAUAAUAAAGCAAAAGUAAUAAAGUUGGAGACCAAGCGCCGCAGCCGCAGCCUGUCCCAGUGCAAAGACAAAGGGAAGGAAACAGGUUUUAUGCCGCUAUGGACUCUGCAAAGUUUUCCAUGAAGCUCUGGAGCGCGCGCAAACAGCUCAUUCUGAUCCUCGCCCCGUUAUUGCUGCUCCCGCUGCUCUUCUUUGUUCCACCAAAGGAGGGUAAAUGUCUGUAUGUGGUGCUGCUGAUGGCGGUGUACUGGUGUACCGAAGCGCUCCCGCUUGCGGUGACUGCCAUGCUUCCCGUCUGCCUCUUCCCCACAAUGGGAAUCCUGCCUUCUAAGAAGGUCUGUCCGCAAUACUUCCUUGAGACUAACUUCCUGUUCCUGAGUGGUUUAGUGAUGGCGUCUGCUAUAGAAGAGUGGGGUCUUCAUCGCCGAAUAGCCCUCAAGGUGCUAAAGAUCGUCGGAGUGAAACCUGCCUGGCUGAUCUUAGGCAUGAUGAUCACUUCCUCUUUCCUGUCAAUGUGGUUGAGUAAUACAGCCACAACAGCCAUGAUGCUGCCCAUUGCUAAUGCCAUACUGGAAAGCCUUUUUGGUAAUCUGGAGACUCUAAAAGAGAACUGCAAGGACAAGAGAGAUCCAGAGGGUGAUUCUCAGGUGAAGAUGCACGUGCUUCCUUGUGAAAAACAGGUGCUGACCACAGACAACACACCGGAUUGGACAGACAGAUUAGAGAAAAAGAAUCUGGAAGACGUCAGAAGAGAGGCUGAAUACCAGAUGAAAGUGUGGAAAGGAUUUCUGAUUUCUAUACCUUAUGCCGCAAGCAUCGGAGGAACUGCAACCCUUACCGGCACUGCCCCUAAUCUGAUCCUGGUGGGUCAGCUCAAGAGCUACUUCCCUGAUUGCGACCUCAUAAACUUUGGCUCAUGGUUUGUCUUUGCCUUCCCGCUGAUGCUUCUUUUUCUCAUUCUGGGCUGGAUCUGGAUUGCUUUCCUCUAUGGCGGACUCAAUACACGGCUUUGCAUUAGCAAACAUGAUGAACGUGCAGCCGCAGAAGCAAAAGCAAAAACUGUUAUUGAUGAAGACUAUAAGAAGCUUGGCCCAAUAAAAUUUGCAGAGGGAUCAAUUGCUUUAUUCUUCAUUAUUUUUGCUAUACUUCUGUUUACGAGAGAUCCGAAGUUUGUUACUGGAUGGUCAGUUUUCUUCACCAAAGGCUACGUUUCUGACGCAGUAACUGGAGUCAUCAUCAUCUCCAUCCUCUUUUUCUUUCCAUCCCAGUGUCCGUCUAUCCGCUGGUGGUUCGAUUCAAGAGCGUCAAAUACACCAUAUGUGCCCCUGUUGUCAUGGAAAAAAGCUCAAGAGUGUGUGCCGUGGAAUAUUAUUUUGCUACUGGGUGGUGGAUUUGCAAUGGCCAAAGGCUGUGAGGAGUCAGGGUUAGCGGUGUGGAUAGGAAAUCACCUGCAGCCUCUAGCCAAGGUCCCUCCUCCUGUCGCAGUCAUCCUCAUCACAGCCUUCAUCGCCUGCUUCACUGAAUUCGCCAGCAACACAGCCACCAUCAUUAUCUUCCUCCCUGUCAUUGCUGAACUGGCCAUCCGUGUGAAUGUCAACCCACUGUACUUCAUGAUCCCAGCAACAAUUGGUUGCUCUUACGCUUUCAUGCUUCCCGUGUCCACACCUCCAAACUCAAUCGCCUUUGCCUCCGGACACCUGAUGGUCAAAGAUAUGGUUAAAACAGGAUUUGUGAUGAACAUUCUGGGAAUCCUUUGUGUGUCUCUGGCCAUGAACACAUGGGGUCUUCAUAUGUUCAAUCUACACGUAUACCCUGAUUGGGCGAGACCCUUAAAUGCUUCCUCAGCAACUGUGGCUACACAUACUAUAGCAGCUAUGAAUAUGACCGGUUAGAACAACUAGAGAUGAAUACGGAUGCACAAUUAGGCCGGAUCCUGUAUAUACUGUAGAUAUAAGACUAAAACGAAAUGGAAAAAAUGCUUAACUGGGGGAUUCCCACGGUUGAUGGAUCAAGACUAUCAUGACCUCACUUCCUGCUUGGCUUGUCCUCUUGUGUCUUGAUGCCACUUUACCAAUUUGGGGCAGGAAAUGUAACAUUUCAGAAAUGUUUAUAUAUGUAGAUUUAAAUAGUUAAAUUCAAGAUCUUUUAUGCAAAUCUUAGAUUGUAAAUUUAUUUUAAUGUCAUUUGUAUUAAUGUUGUAAAUUUGUUGUAUUUAUGCACUAAUUGUUAAUUGUGUAAUUGUUUUAAUCCUGAGAUCAUUAUCCAAAUCUCCCAAUUAAAGCGCUGAUCCAUCUAUACAAAUUAUGUACAGUUAUUGGCAGACCUCUACACGGGCACAGUGACGGAUUUAACGCUUAAAUCUAUGUUAAUAAAUCCAUAAAAAGAAAAUAUGGCCACUGCAGGUGCAGAACCGGUGAAAAUAAUGCGUGGCAUUGUGUGAAAUACUAACACGAGGGCAAUGAAGACCAGUACGUGUUUUAAAAAAAAACCCACUUGAAACCAGCAAGCAGAGUAUUUACAGACUUCCUUUUUAAACCAAUGUUUUUGUAUGUCUUCCUUUUAAGGUUCAUGAAAAGAGCAGUUUUGUUUUUCAGCCGUGUCAUGUGGUGUUGUGUAAGUUCGAGGAUGUGCAGUGUAACCGGUGUUUGGAUUUCACGUGAAUCUGAGCAACUAAAUGAGUCAGCGUGCAUGUGUGUCCAGCAUCCAGCUCACAGUCACAGGAUUUAGUGUAGGCUAUAUAAAUGUAUAUUCAGUGCGCAGAGCAAUGCGAAUCCGGCCAGUUCUGUUAUGAUGACGACCAAACUUGAGUUUGAGUUUGAGUUUUUAUUCAAGCCUCGCUUUAUCCAACAAUAAUGAUGCCUUUAAGAAACUACCAUCUCUCUGAUUUGUCCCUCAGGUAUGUCAAUAUUUCUGCAAUUAUGAAAGACCUGUGCCUCCAAAUAGGGAAAUGUAUUAGCGCCGUAAUUAAGAAGCAAAUGGAAGUGGACAAAAUGGAAAUGGGCUGUAUUAAUUUAGCUGUAACAUUACUAAAAUACUGAGAAAUAUUAUUGCACUCUAUAAAAUGUGUAGUUGUUGAUUUUGCUAUUGCUGUUACUAUAGCAAUUCAUUACAAUAAUGUAACAGGCUGUCAAAUAAAGUUUAAUGGGUUUAGUAAUCAAA